UUUUACCAAAGCGGCAAUCUGCUUUGAGUGUGCUUCUAUUAUAAACCGUGCUUGUGCUGAAUUUCUCUAAUUAAUCGAUUGCCUAGUAUAGAGUGAAGUUUGUAAAAGAGCUUCGAUACUUUGGGAAGUGUUUUACUUCAAUCAGGAAGUGAAAAUGAAUGUUUUAGAGCAGUACAAAGCCACCGUGCUAACACUCCCAAAACUACCAGCACAUUUCAUCGAGGCAAAUCUGGCUGAUAGUGGGCAGGUGCCGCAUGACCACUUGCAAAGCACCUCCCGGCAACCAUUUGGCUCGAGCAGUGUUUACAAAACAAGCAUUCUUCACUACAGAGUUCUGGCGGAAGGGGACGAUGUAAAAACUGUUUAUGAAGUAGCGUUAAAGCUUCCUCCGAAUAUGGAGGAAGAAUAUUUCCCUGGUGACGCGAUCGGUAUUCUCACAUACAAUCUGCCCAGCGAAGUGGAUUACGUUUUGGACCGCUUGCACCUGCUCGAGGAAGCGAACAAAACGUACGAAGUAAAGCUGGCGAAGCCGGUCAAAAAGAAAAACCCAGAACUGCCCCAUUACGUGCCCAAGCUUGUGACACCUCGCCGGCUACUUUUGGAGUGCUUGGACAUUCGAAUCACGCCGCGCAAAGCACUCCUCCAGACCAUGGCCGGCUAUACCAGUGAUGAGUGUGAAAAAAGAUUGCUCGAAAUCCUAGCCUCCAAGGAAGGAUCGAAUCUGUACAAUGAGUUGAUCUUAAAGAACGAAAUGAACUUCAUCCACAUGUUAAAGUACGUUGCCAGUUGCAAACCCCCGUUGGCGAUGCUGAUCGAGCAUUUGCCCCGACUACAGGCACGGCCGUACUCGAUUGCAAGUUACGGUAGAGAAAAUCAGGUACGCAUUGCGUUUGCAAUGUUGAACGAUGGCAAGGUGGGCCUCACGACGCACAUGCUCGAGAGCAAACUGCUACACCCGAACAAAUGGGACAAGUAUCUCUACAUCUACCUGCGCCAGUUGAAGCCCGUCUUCCACUAUCGCGAGGAAGACUUGGAAAAGAAUAUUAUCAUGAUCGGACCCGGCACGGGAAUGUCACCGUACGUAGGAUUUCUAGAGUUUCGUAAACACGCAAAGGUAUCGAAUCGCAAGGUAAAGCUGGGGACCACUUGGUUGUUCACGAGCUGUCGCUAUAAGAGCCGCAACUAUCUGUACGAGAACGAACUGAAACAGCACGUGCGGGACGGUGUCCUGGAUCAACUGCAUGUGGCAUCCUCCCGUGACACGGACAGCCAGUACAAAUUCGUGCAGGAAAUUAUCGAGGACAAGAAGGAAGAGUUGAUCGACCUACUGCUUGACGAUAGCACGAAGCUGUACCUGUGCGGGGAAGGUCGUACGAUGUUGCCCCGAAUUCAAGACACGAUUGUGACGUGCAUGAGCAAGGUGAAAGGCAUUCCCAAAACUGAAGCAGCGGACCUGUUGGCGGAGUACAGAAAAACGGGAAAAUAUCUGUACUACUCGAUGAUACGGUACUGAGUCUAUUGUGUGCGUUAAUGCGAACAGUAUCGUAGCCACUUGUUGAGGUGAUGAUCUUGUGUCUCUUGAUUCAACUCAUCAAUGGUUAUUUGGUUGGUGUAUUUAAAAUAAACAUCUAUUUAUAGAACUCCCAUUAGAUUUUUAAUAAAUAGAAAAUGAAUGAAUGCUUCAAACUCGGGCUUUA